AUCUCGCGACAACAACAUCAGUGUGGAGGGGAGCGACAGUAAUUUUGAACUGCGCAGUCAAAGCGGCAUUUUUUCCGACCGAUAGAAACAAGCAAUCAUGGCCGAUGUAGAACUGGACUCUGAGAUUAAGAUAGAAGAAACAGCCCCUGCAGCUGAGCCAGAAGCAGAGGUAGAACCAGAACCAGAACCAGAACCAGAGGCAGAGGCAGAGGCAGAAGCAGAAAACGAGACAGAACAAGAACAAGAAGAAGGAUCACCUGAAGAGACCACAAAUGGCGUUCAAACUGAAGCCAAUGAAGUCCCCAAGGACAAUCUGGAAGGAAAAGAGAAAUCAGGCGGCCGAAAAGCAAACCGUUAUCAUCCCUACACUAAGGACAAACACUCGGGGCCGGGGGACAAGAAAAGCGCUCACAGAAACCGAGUGUUCAUUAGCAAUAUCCCAUAUGAUAUGAAGUGGCAGGCUAUUAAAGAUCUAAUGCGAGAGAAAGUCGGUGAGGUUACAUACGUGGAGCUCUUUAAGGAUGCUGAAGGAAAGUCAAGGGGUUGCGGUGUUGUUGAGUUUAAAGAUGAGGAGUUUGUGAAGAAAGCAAUUGAGGUCAUGAACAAACACGAUCUGAAUGGCAGACCGCUCAAUAUCAAAGAGGACCCUGAUGGUGAGCACGCUCGGCGGGUGCUGCAGCGCAGUGGAGGAAUGUUCCCAGGAGGACGGGGUGGAGAAGGCGGUCCAGGAAUGAUGAACAUCCCUCCUGCCAUCGCCAACAAUCCCAACAUCCCACAUGAGAUCCUGAAUGGCCUUCAGGCAGGAAGACUGGGCUCCACGGUGUUUGUGGCUAAUCUUGAUUUCAAAGUGGGCUGGAAAAAGCUCAAAGAAGUUUUCGGCAUGGCUGGGACAGUGAAAAGGGCUGACGUCAAAGAAGACAAAGAUGGCAAGAGCCGCGGAAUGGGAACAGUCACUUUUGAGCAAUCUUUGGAAGCGGUCCAGGCUAUCUCUAUGUUCAAUGGACAGAUGUUGUUUGACCGCCCCAUGCAUGUCAAAAUGGAUGAUAAGUCUCUUCCCGCUGAUGAUUUCCGUCCAGUUGAGAAACAGGCUCAGUUGCCAAGGGGUCUUGGAGGCAUCGGUAUGGGUCUUGGCCCUGGUGGCCAGCCAAUUAAUGCCAACCGGGCCGGUGGAGGUGGCGGUGGAGGUGGCGGAAUGGGAGCCAUGGGACCCGGAGGGAUGGAUGGUCCAGGAUAUGGAAUGAACAGAAUGGGAGGAAUGGGCGGUGGGUAUGGUGGCAUGGACGGCAUGGGAAACAUGGGUGGCUAUGGAGGUCGUGACAUGGGUCCCAUGGGAAGAAUGGGAGACAUGUACCGCUCUGGUAUGGGAAUGGAUCGCGAUUUUGGCCGAAAUGACAUGGCAGUGAAUCGUCCCUACGGUGAUACCUUUGGUGGACUUGGAGGAGGGAUGGGAGGCUAUGGAGGAGGCAUGGGGAAUGCUGGCAUGGGUCCAAUGGGGUCUGGAUUAGGUGGUGGGAUGGGGAACAUGGGCAUGGACCGCAUGAGCGCCGGCUUCGACAGGAUGGGCGGGGGCAUGGACAUGAACCGUGGCUUUGGAGGCUUCGGUGGUGGUGCCGGUCACAUGGGCGGAGGAAUGUCCGACAGGGGAUCAGGAUCAAAGGGAGGAUGCCAGAUAUUUGUGAGAAAUCUAUCUUAUGAUCUUACCUGGCAGAAACUGAAGGAAAAAUUUGGCCAUUGUGGUCAGGUGAUGUUUGCAGAGAUCAAGAUGGAGAAUGGGAAGUCAAAAGGGUGCGGUACCGUUCGCUUCGACUCACCAGAGAGUGCAGACACGGCCUGUCGGCUGAUGAAUGGCACCAAAAUUAAUGGCCGUGAAGUUGAUGUCCGUAUCGACAGGAACGCCUAAAAACAUCAUAGUACUAAUAAUCACCCAUCACCCUGUUUUUUGUUUUGUUGUAAAAACACAUUUCCAUAAGUCUCUGCUGUUGUACCACAAGCUCAGUGAAUGACACCGCCAGCCUCAGUAACUGGAUGUGUAUAAGGUUUGUUUAUAUACCGUGUUUUUUUUUUCUUUUCUUUUUUGUAAACCCUUUUUAAUUUGUGGGCCACCAGUUUAUUUGAAUGACAGAAUAAACUUUUUAAUUUUUAAA